AUGACCACCUCGUCGAGUUUUGCGACGUUUGCGCCAUAUACACCUCCACCGGACGAUCCAUCUCGCGGCCCAUUGUCGGCCUCGUCGUCCCAUCCUUCAGCGCGGGUAUGGUUUCCAAAUACCGAAGACACCUCAUAUCAGUCCGGUGGCAUACCUAGCUUCAACGCAUCCAUGACCGGGGGUGGCCCUCAGGUCGACGAAGAGGCAAACGUGAACCAAUGGGAGACGACCUAUGGACUGCGCGUCGAUGUAUUGGCAGCGGUAGCAUAUCUAUUAGGACCAUUCUCAGCACUUGUCAUUCUCAUCCUAGAAACCCAGAACGACUACGUCCGCUUCCACGCGUACCAGUCGGCUCUUGUUAGUACUCCGCUGGUUAUUAUCUGGAUUGUAGCAUCCUUGCUGUCGUUUCCAUCCUGGCUGCGCACAUUCUUUGCCAUAUCUCUGAUGGCUACAACUUUGUAUACGGCAUUUCGAGCAUAUAGAGACGUGACCCAUAGUAACCUUACACGGUAUCAUAUACCUAUAUUGGGCUUAUUGGCUGAGCGGUGGUUAUUAGAGGAAUAA